CUACAACCACGAUGGUGAUGAACGUGCUGGCAAAGCGGGUGGUGGGUGCUGUGGUGCGGUGUGGGUGCUUGGCUGUGGAGCAGCAGCAGCAGCCAUCGGCCACCACUGUCAAGAUGGCGGCCGCAGGGGUCAACCGAGUUAGUGCAGCCGCAUGGACAGCGUUGAGAGGAGUAGUUGGUGUGCAGAUGCAGCAGAGGGCAUGCCUGAGUCGCGCCACAACACAGUGCAACAAGGACAACACCAACAAGCCCAACAACACAAGCAGCAGCAGCAGCAGCUUCUCCACAGAUUUCCUGGACGCCAUGCUGCCCGAUGCCAAAGGCCCAAACUUGGCAGACGCUGCCUCACACGCCCCAGUGCGACGUGUCAUGCGCAAAGGCCAAGCGGUAUUUGACUCGAAGCUGGAGCGUGCGCUGGCAAGGAUCAAGGUGUCCCACAACAACACCAUUGUCACCAUCACAACACUUGACGGCGAUCCCAUCGUCACCAAGUCAGCGGGCAUGUGCGGCUUCAAGGGGGCGCGCAAGAGCACCACAUAUGCAGCGCGGGUUGUUGCCCAGCAAGCUGGAGAGGCUGCCGUGAACAAGGGUGUCAUGACUGUUAGCGUUCUUGUCAAAGGCCUUGGCCCUGGUCGCGUGAAUGCGCUCAAGGGGCUUGUGGAGAGCAAGCUCAUGAUCGACCAAGUGGCAGACGUCACCCCGGUUCCUCACAAUGGCUGCCGCCCAAAGAAGGCCAGGCGAUUGUAGUGUGGUGGAUCGUGCGUUUGCGUGAUUUCGUGCGCACCAGUAAAGAUAACCUUGUGCGAAA